AUAAAAACAAAAUAGAAUAUCCGGUUCAAAAAUAUAUAAACGACUCAAAUCACGCAGUCUACUUUGUUUACAUACAAGAUGCAGUACACACUUUUAAUUUUUCUGCUACUUGUUGCGUUUCUUGACAAAACAACUACAGACUAUUUGAAAUCUUCCACUCCCGUCGAGUUCGAGACAGAAGAAAAUUCGGAUGGAUCUGGGUCGGAUGCAUACCAAUUUAAUGUUAUGUCUACAGGCCAAAAUAUUCAAGCGAAAGUGUCAUCUACUACAAGAGGCCAAAUUACAGAUUCAACACCUGCAUUGAAUAAAAUAUCUACUACUAAUGCCAUUUCAACUACAAAAGGGAUUACUACUAAUACUACUACUGCUACAAUAACCACAUCUACUAGUAGUGGUAGUAGUAGUAGUAGUAGUAGUAGUAGUAGUAGUAGUAGUAGUAGUAGUAGUAGAAGUAGUAGUAGUAGUAGAAGUAGUAGUAGUAGUAGUAGUACCACCAACAAGACGAAAAGUCAAAGUAAAGUAGCCAAAGUGAAAGAGAUAGAUAGUUUAAAGAAACAACUCACCAACUACAAAAUAAUUGUGGCUGUAGUCAGUAUUUUCUUGGGCAUAAUAUUACUUCUGUUCAUUUUCUAUGUCAUCUCAAAAAAGAAAAACAGUUUAGAUAUUGAUCAGCCACGUUAUAAUACUCAGAUCUGUGAAAAUAAAACCUCAAAUAGAACGAUGGCACAAACAACAGUAAGACUCAGUUCCUUUCUGCCGCAUGUGGAGAACGGAGACGAGAAGGACCCCGAUACCAAUGAUACCAAUAUCAGUUCGUUCCAGACAAGGAAGAAAAGCACGGCAAACGCAUCACUUUAGUAGGAAACAAAGAACACAUAUACAUGUGUAACACAUAUACAUAAUAUAAGAAGUCUUGAAGCUCCGUGCCGUUGAAACAAUUUUGAUAUAAUUCUGAGGUGAGGACCAGAGUUAAAAUUUAUUAAUCUUGCGCCCAAAACUGAUGCGUGAAAAAUGAAAAGAAGCGAAGCGAAUCUUUAAAUAAAAUUCUAUUACUUUAUCACAAAGACAAGAAACAAUGUAAUUACACCUUUGAAAGUGGCGAUAUAAUUUUCACCCCAUUAGACUGCUUAGUGAUAUUUAUUAGCCAAACAUGAAUCAGACAGAAUAUCUGUUUUUUUAAUUCCAUCAAUAUUUGCACCAUAUUAAAUAUAACAUCGGUGAAAUGAAGAGAUAUUUAUUGUUUUUCUGAAGCAAUUUUCACUGUUUGCUUUUAUUGGUUCCAACUGAGAUGUCUAGUUACCAAAUUAUAAGAAUCUUUCCUCGUUGAUUUCUAACUCCCUUUCCUUUACCUCUCUCUGGUAAAAGUUUGGUUUAGUCUGAAAGAAAAAUAUUAAAGAUUAAAAAUAUAUAUUGCAUUUUUAAUGUUUUUUUUUUUUUUUUUUGGAAAGAAAAUAAACAAGAUUUAUAUAAACUAUACAUAUUAGCAUGCUCACAGCAAAGUUCAAGAUUUUCUUUUUCUACAAACUGCAAUGUUAUAUGAGCUUCACCUCGUAUGGUAUUUCUUACUUUUUCUCUCCAAUCGAACGAUUAUCCGUAACCCUAACUGAAGUAUUUCUUGAUAGACUCUCACAAAAUUAGGUUAUAGACUAAAAAUCUUUAAACAUUUUUAGUCCGAUAAAAUUUAGAAAAUAUUUUCUCAAAUCAAUUGAAACAAUGAUCAAUUUUUUUUAGAACUGAAGAAGACAUGCUGCGCUGACCAUGGACCAUGUGUGCUUGUUCCCCAAUCAGUCACCCUUCAAAAUGUUCUAGUUAUUCUAAAAACAAGUGAUAAAAGUGUAGCGAAGAACUAAAAGCUGAGAAAAAUGCUAAUGAAACAAUGGAUACUUGAAUGGUUGUGCUGAUAAGCGGAAAGGUUUCAACGGAUGAAUAUAUUGACGGGGGAAUUAUGAAUUUGUAAUUCGAUGUAAGGUUGGCUGAAUUUUUGAAUUAAAAAAAUAUUUAUGUUACCUUGCAGUGUGUCUGAAUGUAGAUGUGAAUUUGCCGCAGUAUUUCAAAGAGAACUGCAAUUGCUGCACUUGCUGCCAUGACAAUAAAUAAACCCAUCAUAUCUUCAAAUUUUAA